AACAACGGGGGAAGGAAAGAAACCGAAGCUGAGAACCCGAGGGCCAACCGGCCAAGAACCAACGUCAACUCGGAAACCGAUACCGAGAAGAGAACAACGAGUUCGCCGAUUUGUCCCGCACACGCGAAUCGCCCACAGGCCACAGCAAUCACCACCUCUAUAAAUUGCCUGCAUCAACUCUAACCCUGAGAAGAAGAGCGAGUCGAGAAUUUACGCUCCUUGAUCUCUUCUUCUCGGGGAAUUCCCCACCCCAGCCGUACUAAUGGAGGCCGCCCAGACCGUCGUCCUUGCCUCGGUUCCGGCCAGCACCGCCGGCGUGCCGCAGCAUAAAAUCCUCGACCUGAAGGUGAUGUCGGCCGAUCCGGCUGUUCAGGCGCCGGCGAGGAAGACCAAGAAGAAGCUGUCCGCCGGCGGCGGCGGGUACGUCCUCGAGGACGUGCCGCACCUCAAGGACUACCUCCCUCACCUCCCCAGCUACCCCAAUCCCCUGCAGAACCACCCCGCCUACUCCGUCGUCAAGCAGUACUUCGUGAAUCCGGGGGACACGGUGUCGAAGAAGAUCGUGGUGCACGAGAGCAGCGCGCGGGGCACGCACUUCCGGCGCGCCGGGCCGCGGCAGCGCGUCUACUUCCAGCCGGGCGAGGUGGUCGCGGCCAUCGUGACCUGCGGCGGGCUCUGCCCGGGGCUCAACACCGUCAUCCGCGAGCUCGUCUGCGGCCUCCACGACAUGUACGGCGUGGGCAGCGUCGUGGGCAUCGAGGGCGGCUACAAGGGCUUCUACGCCCGCAACACGGUGGAGCUCACGCCGCGGUCCGUGAACGGCAUCCACAAGCGCGGCGGCACCGUGCUGCGCGCCUCGCGGGGCGGCCAGGACACGGCGAAAGUCGUGGACAGCAUCCAGGACCGCGGCAUCAACCAGGUGUACAUCAUCGGCGGCGACGGCACCCAGAAGGGCGCCGCGCAAGUCCACGAGGAGGUCCAGCGCCGCGGCCUCAAGUGCGCCGUGGUCGGCGUGCCCAAGACCAUCGACAACGACAUCGCCGUCAUCGACAAGUCCUUCGGCUUCGACACCGCCGUGGAGGAAGCGCAGCGCGCCAUCGAUGCCGCUCACGUCGAGGCCGAGAGCGCCGAGAACGGCAUCGGCGUCGUCAAGCUCAUGGGCCGCAACAGCGGCUUCAUCGCAAUGCACGCCACGCUCGCCAGCCGUGACGUCGACUGCUGCCUCAUCCCGGAGUCCCCCUUCUACCUCGAAGGCAAGGACGGACUCCUUGAGUUCUGCGAGAAGCGGCUGCGGGAGAACGGCCACAUGGUCAUCGUCGUCGCCGAGGGCGCCGGCCAGGACCUCAUCGCCAAGGGCAUGCACCGUGCCGACACCCACGACGCGUCCGGCAACAGGCACCUCCUGGACGUCGGCCUCUGGCUCUCGCAGAAGAUCAAGGAGCACUUCAAGAAGAAGACCAACUUACCCAUCACCCUCAAGUACAUCGACCCGACCUACAUGAUCCGCGCCGUGCCGUCAAACGCCUCCGACAACGUCUACUGCACGCUGCUCGCGCACAGCGCCGUCCACGGAGCCAUGGCCGGCUACACCGGCUUCAUCGUCGCGCCAGUCAACGGCAGGCAUGCCUAUAUCCCCUUCUAUAGGAUCACCGAGAAGCAGAACAAGGUGGUGAUCACCGACCGGAUGUGGGCGAGGGUGCUCUGCUCGACCAAUCAGCCAUGCUUCCUGUCUCACGAGGAUGUUGAGAAGGCGAGGCAGGACGAGGAGGAGCCGCACGUCCCGCUCAUCGAGGGCGAGAACUCGCUAGUCAGGACCUCGCCCAUGUCAAUGUGCAACGGCCAUGGCCACUUCUGAGAUGGCACAGGCUGAGGUGGAAGAGGGUUCACAUAGUUCUGAUGUAAUUGAAGAUGUUCUGUAGAAUUUUUUUGGCUCAUUCUUUCUCUGAAUAGCUACAAUAUGGAGAAGUUUCUCAAAUAGGAGAAAAUACAUGUAUGUUCUUGUGUGCUUCAAAAUAAGCUUUCCCUAGUUUGCAUAUCUUUCCUUGUAAUUAUAGAGCAAACAUAGAUGUUCUUGUAAUGUAGUAAUUGUUUUUUAGGAAAUUUUGAUGGAAUUUCCACCUUAAGAAGCUAGCAAAGCAUGCUGGAGGAACAAUUAGGCUAUUA